AUGCAAAACCGCCCCUCCAUAGUUGUUUGUGAACAUCAUAGAUCUACCAGGGGGGAGAGGACAGGAAGCCACGGCAGACCAGGCAUCAACCGAGUAAAUUCGUCUGCCCCCCCUAGUAAACUAAGAGGGAAUGGAGAGGUAACUGGCACUGUCGAGCUUUAUCCGGUAUUGGAGAACCAGGAAGAGUCUGCCACAACUCGGUCGAGCGCUUGCACCGGGCCGACUCCCAGAAAACAGGUCAAGGAGUUUAGAAUUCCCAACAAACUGAAUGCAGAACGUAUAGUCAAUGGGAAGUUGCUCCAGAAGCGGCUCAAGCCAUCCCUGCUUGACACCGAAACGCGGAGGGGUUAUUCAGCCUUUGAACAUACAAACCCAAGGGGAAUGCAUGCCCCAUUGAACAUAUACUUUAAUGGCCAUGGGAAAGCCACCCCAGCAACCAAUGCAGCGAUGUAUCGCGAGCAGCCCAGGGCUGGGACCUGGAAAUAUAGGCCCGGCUACUUAGGACCACCAUCUGCAGCUCGGGCUCUGCCUACAGAUAGGAAGAACUUCUUCCGAAUUGGUAUCGACACUAGCCCGCUGACAGAGCGCAAUGGGCACUACAGUAGUGUGCUUCCUGGUGGCGCAUCAACGGACGUGGAAUGUGAUGAUGAUGUUCCGGCUGCAUGUAAAAUUGAGCUCACCAUAAAUGAUGAUAUUCAAUCACCGGGAGUUUUGGAUGAAAACGAGAUCGGGACUAAUACCAGGGACUCGAGCACUGCCCACAUGUCGCAACUGAAUCGUACCCCAGAUUCACCGUCAUCGCAAGUUGACCCGCACCUUGAAAACAAACCAAUCCUCGACUACUUUAGCGGCAUGAUUGCAACGUUUCGUGAUGGAUCACUUCAAGCGAAGAACAAGGCGAAUGCCCUCAAGUCAAGGUUCGCCUCUUAUACUGAAGCAGCCAAGCUUUCGCAAACCGUUCUCCCUGACAAGCUCAACUCAACUGACUUCACGAAAUCCCCGUCCCCUGAAGGAGAUGCCGCUGGGCAGUCUCCACUACAGAGGUCGGAUUUUAUGGCAUCCACCCCCCGGACACUCCAGAAGCUCUAUGUUGAAUUUGAGAAUUUGAAUAGUAAACGGGACGAUCUUGCGGACGGGCCUAUUGAAUUGAAGUUCUGGUUAAAACAAGAUUUCUCGACGCGCUUACUGCAGGAUCAGUUAAAUAAUGAACUUCGCAUGAUACAAAGGUUCUCGUCAUCAGGACAGACCAUAAUGGUCAACCAGGUGACUAGUUUUUUGAAGAGACAGGGCAGCCGCGACAUCACAGACGAUGAAUAUCAAAGUCUAACAAUCCAAUCGUCUCCCAAGGUUUCAAAAGAGGGUAGUAAUUGCUCCCCUAGUUACAAUUUUGAAGAUCUAAUUAGCGGAAAAAAGUGGCCUCCGGAGCGCCCAGGUAAGAGCAGUGUAUUCCACCAAAUAAAAGAUGAUCGACUUCGCUACAACCUCGAAGAGACAUAUGCCAUUGCUGAAAACCUAUGGAAGAAGGCAGAGAUUGGACAGUUAGAGAUGGUCUCGAAUAAAGUCCAUUUAAGUAGACAUACUGGGUGUGUAUCGCGGUAA